UGCUUCGCUCUGUAUUUUCGCGGCAUUGCUCCACCCCUUGUCUCUCUCUCCCUCUCUCUCCCUCUGUGUGUCCCCCAUUGGCGAAGAAGGGAAGCAGUUCAUUGACAACCGGCCUCAUUCAGACAGGGACAUUAUGGAGAUGACCAACAGCCGUACUCAGGAGCAGGACGGGGCCGGAGACGAGCCAAGCUCGGACGACGACUCUGUGAGCUUGUUGUGCGAUCUGAAGCCCUGGCAAAGCAGCCCAGUGGCCGAGGACAUGGACGUUGAUGAGGCACAAUUUGGCAAGAAAAAGCAGGAAAAGGAAGUGGUGACAGAGAUAAAUGGACUCAAAGCCCCCGUGUCAGGGAUAUCUAGCUAUGCCGUGUCUGAUUAUACAUCUCAAUCAGGGGAUUCAAAGCAAUGUAUGAAAGUCCCCAAGAAGAUGAAGAUCAACAAGAGGAACGGGAUGGGGGAGACCCUUCUGCACCGAGCGUGCAAGAAAGGAGACCUGGCGCACGUGGAAGCCCUCAUCCAAGCCGGGAUCAGCGUCAACACGCAGGACUUCGCAGGCUGGACCGCUCUCCAUGAGGCCUCUGCUUUCGGCCUCAAGGCGGUGGUGGAGGAGCUGCUGAAGGCCGGAGCCGACGUCCAUGCCAGGAGCUGUGAUGGCAUCCUGCCCCUGCAUGACGCCAUUUGCGCUGGACACCAUCAGGUAGUGAAGCUGCUCCUCCAGUACGGGUCAAACCCCAGCGACAGGACGGGGGCCGGCCUUAGUGCACUGGACAUGGCCGAGGAGGAGGAGAUCAGAGAGCUGCUGUCUCUCCCAGUAUCUCUUUUGACUGACGAGCAGCCGUGCGAAGGACCACCAGGUGCCAUGUCUCCAGAGGCUCGCCGGCUCAGCUGCAGUGACACGGCGAGCACGCUGCCCAGGGUCUCUGGGGACAGAGGCGGAGACAGAGCACUUGCUGACGUCCAGCCGGGGAGGAAAGACACCAGCGUGGAUGGCGGUAGUACAGAGGCCCUGGCAGUGAUUCUGGACGAGGUGGGGAGGACACAGACUGAGAUAGCGGCGUGGCGUCUGACGGGUCCCGAGGAUGCAGGCCGAAAUCAUGCUGCCCUGAUGCACAUCCAGAGCGUGAUGACGGAGGUGCUCACCCGGCAGCAGCUGGAGAAGGACAACUUGGCCCGAAAAUACCGGAGCAUGCCCGGCUGCCUUCGGCAGCGCCUGUUGAGGAGUCAGCUGGUGUCCCUCGCCUGCCGUCAGAGGACCAUUGUGGACAUCCUGGAGAAGCAGCUGCGUUUGGUGGAGCUGAACGUCACGACAGAGGCCAAACCUUCCAAUCGUUCUUCCCACCGCGGAGGCAGCAGAAAAGCAACAUCAUCCGCUCCCCAGACCACCGCACUGAGAGCGACGCCCCGGAGUCAGGCCGCAGUCCCAUUGCCGUCCGGGCCUUCUGCUCCUCCACUAGCGCAGCAGAGGAGGGCUGCCCCGCCCACCGAUGUGCUGAAGGACAAAGCAGGGAUCUUGGGGUGCAGAGCCAAACCACCAAGAAAGACUUUACAACAUGUCCACUCUCAGAUUCAAGGAGAUAAUGCGCUGGUCCAGGCGUGCGCCGACGACAGCAGCGCGCGCCUCUCUCAGCUCAUACAGACGGGAGUUUUGGUGCCUGGAAGUACUCUCCAGCUGCUGCUGAAGGGUCGCGGGCACCUUGCUGUCGUGCAGGGAGACGGCUCUAUAAAGGACGGCAGAGGCAAGUCGCACCGGGCUCUGGAGCGCUGGCUGGAGGCCAUCCUCGGUAACAACAUCCCUGUCAGUGCCACCUACGCCUGGGACAAGGUGACGUUCGCCAACAAACCACUGUCUCACUACGCCCUGAACAUGGAGGCAGAGAGAGACGAGCCACACAGCCGUCCCCAGGUGGACGUCCAACGCCGGGCGGCUGUGCCUUUGCCGAAUGAGCUGACCACAGAAGCAGCCAGCCUGAGACGUCUAAUGGGAAUCAAGACAAUCCAUCUGGUGGGGGACGAUGAGCUGCUGCCCAACGCUGUCAUGGAGCGCUACUGGAAGAAGCUCUUGGAGAUGGAUCCUGAGUGUGAGGACUGGAGCCGUGGAUUUCCAUAGCUGUUUGACUGUUACCCAUUAGUCACUUUACUGCACUCUUUGUUGGUGUUUUCAUUAAUCUAAUUUCAUCCCAUAUUAUACUGGUUUCUAGUUUUUUAUGUUUUUGUGCUUCAGCACGUGUAGUAUUGACAUCUUUGAAUGUGAUCUUUUGUUUAAAAUUGCAAUGAACUCAAAUAAUAAAGAUGCAU